AUGACCAGCCUUCUCUUCGCAACUCUAAAUGCGCGCUCCCUCUCUGUAGGGGGCAAUGCGCCCCUCCCCUUCUUCUCCUCCUCCUCCGCCUCUCUCAUCCAUGCACUCUCCAAUCCGGCCACCACCUACAACGGCCGCCCAACUCCUCCAACCGUCAUCCUGCUUCAGGAAACCUGGCUCACGCCAGCGACCGAAGCAGCCGCCUCCAACCUCUUCCGCGACUACACAUGCUUCUGGAGCUCCGAGCCGGAACCCAAGCACGGGGUCGGCAUCCUCAUCAGGAAGCCGGCACCGGGCGACACCGACCCCGCACUCUCGAGCCCAACACUACUCAGCUCCAUCCCAGGGCGAGCCCUCAUCAUCACAGCAAACCUCAACAGCAAGCCAACCAUCAUCUCAUCAAUCUCCGCCCCGGCAUCUGGCUCACAAGCUGACAAAGUGGGGUUCCUGGACCAACUCAGCGACCUCAUCAAGUCAGCCACCCAGCCAAACGACGACGAGCCAACACUGCCCGCCAUCAUUGGCGGCGACUUCAACAACACACCAAACAUUAGCCACCUGUACGUCCAACCAGAGCCAAGCCAAGAGGCUAGGAGCACCACACAGGCAAACCACGCUCUCAAGGACUUCAUCAACAAGCACGCACUCGAGGAUGCCUGGCUGCUCAACCACCGCGCCGAUGACCCUGUCGAAUACACACGAUGGCCGAGCAAGAACCAGACACACCGAGCCUCCCGCAUCGACCUCAUGCUCCUGUCAUCCAACCUCCCGCUCACGAUCAAGUCGACUGCGACCAGGAUUUACCAGCACUCGGACCAUCGAGGCGUCUGUGUAAACCUAGUGGCGCCGUCCGCGGAAGACAGAUGCACGCCACCCUUCAAGCUGAACGACACCAUUCUCGAACACGCUGGCUUCUGCGGCAUGGUCCUCAACGAGAUAGCAGAGCUGGCGCGCCGCCCCGACCCCGAGAACCACUGGACUGCUUUCAAGGCCGACGUAGCAUGGCUAGCCCAGUGCCUGUGCGGCUCCAUUGCGAAAGACCGGGCGAAGGCUCUGGCCCAAGCGAGCCGCAAGCUCAAAAUCAUCGAAGGCAACCUCCUCGCAGCAACAUCCCCCGCAGAGGCAAAACUGCUUGCAGCCGAACGAGCGGAGCAGGAAGCCCGUGUCAAAGCUGAGCUCGAGCAUCGCGCGCAAGGAGCACGAGUCCGCUCGGCCAAAAAGUGGCGCACCGAGGGCGAACACCCCACCUCCUUCUACUUCUCGCUCGAAAAGCAGUCCCAAAAGGCGACGCACAUCCCAAUGCUCCUCGUCGACGGCAAAGAAGUCACCGAUGCGGCCGGCAUCACGGACGCCCAGCGAGAUUUCUACGCCAAGCUCUAUGCGCACGUACCCAUUGACCCAGCAGCUGCCCGGCACAUCCUCAGCCAUGCAAAGCCCAACGAGAUGCUCGACGACGAGGACCACGAGUUGAUGAGCAGACCGCUGGAGGCAUGGGGAGAUCGUCCACGCCAUCAACAAAACUGCAUCUGGCAAGUCCCCAGGGCCCGGACGGGCUGGGGCACUGCGUUCUACAAAAAGUUCAAGCACGAGCUGGGCCCCAUCCUCGCCGCCAUCGCCACCG